AUGCUUUAUAAUAGUUUUUUUAAAACGAAGAAUCAGAGUCCUCACAAUGGGAGAACAAAGCCAUAAAUGCGUUAGAGCUCGAUUGAGAAAGCAAAGAAGGACAGACCACGACCAUAGUUAUCUAGCAAAAUUGAUUAAUUCGAAAAGGAAGCGAUAGUGAGUAUGAUGAAUAGCAAAAAGAAAUCCGUUAGCAAAAGACUCAAAACAGAAUAAGGAAUGGACACAUUAGAUGAUUACUUAUAUUUAGACUCCUACAUUACUAAUAAAUAAUCUAAAUCUAGAUCAUUCAGCAAUGCAUUCACAUCUACUAAAAGUGCAGAUAGAAAAAACAAUAUUCUUAAUAACACUAGUAAAAGACAGAAAAGUAGUAGUCAGAAGCAUUCCCUUGAGGAUGAUACAGGUCCUGAUAAUUUCCCUUUGCAGUUUCAAAAGAUUAAACUUCUUGGGAAGGGUGGCUUCUCCUUGGUUUGGCUGGGAGAACAUAAAACUACCAAAAUGAGGGUUGCAAUUAAAUAAAUUAAAUAAUCCACCACAAAUCAAACUUACCUCCGUGAAAUUUGGUUUGGAUCUCAUUUUUUUGACAAUGGGAUUCCAAAACCUUAACUCAAGUCAACCUUAGGAAUCAAAAGUCUAGUAUAAUAUUUGGGAUUUGAAAUCGGAAGUACUGAUACCUGGAUUUUCACAGAGGUAUGUGGAGAGAAUCUGAAAAAUACUCUGUAUGAGUUGAAAGGAUAACAAAUUAAAAAUGAAAUUGUAUACAAAAUGAUCUAAAAACCAUUAUACAUAAGUUUAAAAUAAGAUCUCAAUAUUUUAAAGAGGAUAAUCAAAGAUGUCGCUCAUGCUUUAAUAUUAUUAACUGAAUAACGGAUUGUCCAUUGCGAUCUUAAAACAGAAAACAUACUCAUUAAAAAAUCUAAAUGUCUUAAUGGAUCUUAUCAAAUUACCUAAACCAAAUUGAUCGAUUAUGGGAGUAGUUUCAUAUUUGAUGAUCUCUCCCAGUUCUCUAUGGCGACUCCUGAAUAUAUGUCUCCAGAAAUCCUAAAUUACGUCCUCUAUGAAAAUGGCAAGGAUUAUGAUGUAAAACUAUUCAAAGUCUUACAAAAUUACUAUAAACCUUGGGUUAUAGACAUAUGGUCAUUAGGUUGUGUAAUUUUAGAAAUUGUUUAUGGGAUUCCUCUCUGGUUGAACAAUAAAAUCAUUGUAAAGCAUCACAAUAAGGAAGUAAUUGAGCAAGGCUUAUUUGCUGUUAAGAAUAGGGCUUUUGAUUAAAUUAUAAACAAACAAAUUCAUGUGGUCAAAAAUUUAGACUAUUAUCUGGACAAUAAUUAUUCAGGAAUUAAAGUUGAUUUAGAAAUUAGACUCUUACUUCGAGAAAUGCUUACUAUUGAUCCUGAUAAAAGAAUAGCUCCUCAUACUAUUAUUGAAUUUCUUUAACCUACUAAAGGAAGAUUGAAAACUGAAUGA